AUGUCUUUCUUUGAUUUGGAAGCGCAAAACCAAUCUUCAAGGAUUCCUACCAAUAUUGAACAAUUACCAACAUCAAAUGAUCAUAAUAAUAUACCACGUAUAAAUGAUCUAUUGAACACAUUAGCAAAUCACAUAGCCACACUAAAAAGAGAAUGUCGAAAAAUUGGUAGUAAACGUGAUAAUAAUGAAACAAGGAAAAAAAUCGAAUAUGAUUUGAUCCCACUUUGUAAUGAACUAAGAGAUAGAAUCGAUGAUAAUCAACCCACAUGGCAAAACACAUUCCAUGAAGGUUCGAAAUUAUAUAAUGAUUUUAAAAUAUUGAAAACUGAAUUGAUAUCCGUUGAAAGAUCAUAUGAAACUCAGAAAGUAACGUAUCCUUUAAAAGAAAUACAUGUUGACAGUACAUCUACUGGGCAACCUGCCGCUGAAUCAAAUUAUGUUUCAUUGCAUAUUAAUGAACAAACGCCAUUAGUUUCUUCUAAUCAACAACGACAACGACAACAGCAGCAGCUCCUGGAAGAACAAAAGCAACAACAGCGGCAAGUUUCUCAAAAUGAUGUUGAUUUUGAAACUAUAAUUCAACAGGAAAGAUCGGAACAAAUAACAAGAAUUCAUUCAGCAGUACAAGAGGUAAAUGCAAUAUUCCAUCAAUUAGGUUCAUUAGUGAAGGAACAAGGUGAACAAGUUGAUACUAUUGAUGGUAAUGUGACUCAAUUAUCAAGUAAUAUGCAUAAAGCAAAUCAACAAUUGAAAAAAGCAGAUGAACAUCAAAGACAAAGGAAUAGAUGUGGGAUGUUGACUUUGAUUAUCCUCGUGAUUGUCGUUUUAAUUGUUGUAUUGGCAGUAUUAAGUUGA